AUGCUUGCGAGACUUGGGCUUUCUUUGGGUGUUCGCUCAAGGCCCGCGUUUGUGGUGCUAAACACACCGGUGCGUUCGGUAUCGCUGUUGGCGAAACUGCAUCCUUCAGUUGGGUCUUUCAAGAACGACCGCAGAGUCGGUAGAGGUCCAGCCAGUGGCCGUGGUAAAACUUCGACACGUGGUCAAAAGGGUCAGAAGGCUCGUGGAAAUGUGAAGCCUUGGUUUGAAGGUGGUCAGACACCAAUACACAAACUGUUUCCCAAGAGAGGUUUCUACAGACACAAUAAGAGGGAGUACAACGAGGUCAAGCUGUUGAGGAUAGCCGAAUACUAUAGAUCUGGUCUGUUGAAGCUGGAAGAUGGUGAGGUGUUGACGAUGCGCAAAAUGAAACAAUGUGGACUGGUAUCUGGUCCCAUGAAGGAUGGAGUUGCCAUUCUGGGAAACGGAAAGGCCGAGUAUGACUUGCCUAUAUCUAUUGAGGCUUCCAAGGCAAGUUUUGCUGCGAUCCGUGCCAUUGAAAGGGCCGGCGGAAAAUUUGUGGCCAAGUUCUUCAGCACUUCGUUAGGAUACCGUGCCCAUCACGCACCCAGGUGGUUCGUUAGAGAAAGAGGCUACUUGCCUAUCCAGGCAAAGCCAAUUGCCAGAAGAGACAUUUUGUUUUACAGUGAUGAGGCGAGGAGAGGAUACAUGAGCGAUGUUGAGCCACCAAAGAUUACCAGAAAAAGAUCACAGAAAAAGGAUGGUUCUGGAGAUCAGUCCAAGGGAGCCCCAGUGCUAACUGCUCUGGAAUCCCAGCUGCAAAGCACCUUGAGUAAUGAUGCCUCCAAGGGUAGUGCUGAUGCUUUUUUGAGCAACAAAGUAUUAUCGUUUAGUGAUUUGAGCAAAUAG